GUUGAUGUUGAAGGACAAGCGCGCUCGCAUCGCUGUACUGCUAGAGACUCCGGGCUCAGAUAUAGAAACUCAACUAAUUUCAUUUUGCCAUAGAAGAGGAGUUGUCCUUUCACAUCACUGAUUUGUCUUUCGGUCUUUGAACUGAAUUUUUCCCUUGGAUCUCACUUUUGAGGACUUUCUUCAGCGGUCUUACUCUGCUCUUGCCAUCCAGAGCACAACUCUUCCUCAGCAAUGUCCCAGAAGAUUCCGGGCGACAGUGCUCAGAAAGGCUUUGCGGUAGGGCGCGGGCUACUUGCCGCUGCUGAAACGUUGAAUUACAGCAUGGGUGAGCAUAGCUCCAACAGCCUUUAUGGCUCCACUUCCCGACCAAUGAGCAACAUGGCUAGAGGCCCAGGAGGCGGACAAGGAAAAGACCAUGACCCUCAGCUCUCCCGUCGUGUGGGCAGUCACCUUAGCAACACUAUGAAGCUGUUCGCCAGCCUUGGUCUGUCGCCUACAGACUUGGAUGAGCUGGCUCAAGUUCCAGAGGAGAACAUCAGCGUGGAAACUUUGCCCAAUCUUAUCAUGCAGCUUAAGAACCGGAAGGUGGAGGCCAACCGCCGCAUGUCUGGCGACCCUAGGGACAUGUCUGCCCUCUCCCCAGAAACCUCGUACCGAGCAAGUAGAGACAACUGGGGAGAUAUGCAGGAAGGGCACCUGGACCCCUCCAUGGGGCAAUCAUCAGGCCGCGGUGCACAAGGCGACUUUGGUUACGGUUCCAUGCAAGACAUGUCCUCUCGAGGGUACGACCGAAUCGAUUACGGCCACGCAGGUGCCAGCAAUGGCAACCGAGACCGUCAGUAUUCCGAGCUUUCCCAUGACUCUUACCGUGGGCUUGGCAUGGGCUCCUCUUCAACACCUGACAGCAUGCUUAUGCAGAGAAGAAUGGGGUCCCCUUCCCAGGGUAAAGUGCAGGACUUCUUGGGAGUCAUGCCCCACAUGUUUCCACAUGUGUGUUCCCUUUGUGACUUUGAUGUGCAUUCUACCAUGGAAUGGAACCAGCAUACCAAUGGCUUACGCCAUUCAGAAAACUGCAGACUCCUCUUGCAGAUGUAUCCAGAUUGGGAUCCUCACAUGCCCUCCACCAGAAUCUCGGGACCACAUCCAAUGGACACACCCAACCGUUCCGAUGGCCUUCUAGGGGCUGCCCCACGAGGACCUGGUCUACAGAGAGGGGGCAUGAGUUCCGGCUGGGGGUCUGAUUCUGGCUAUGGAUUUUCAAACAAAUCUCAGUCGCUUCCUGGACCUGGAAAGGUCAGAAGAGGCAGAGUUGUGGUGAUAAAAUAUGACAGGAAGCCACUGUCGUCAAACAGCCUUUUUGCUCUAGCAAAACCUUUUGGGACUAUCCGUGAGCAUCUAGUGCUGAAAAAGAAGGCCUUCCUUGAAAUGGCAACUCAUGAAGAGGCUCUGGCUGUGGCGGAGUUCUAUACGAGGAAACCUGCAAUGGUGCAUGCAAGAGAAGUCCAGGUGUACUUGUCCAGAGAGAUUGCUGUGAUUGAUAAAAGUCAAAGUGAGAAGGAACCGGCAGACCCUAAAGGCAGACAAAGCCAAGUUGUUUUUUUCUCAAAUCUACCAAGAGAUCACGAGAAGAAGUCCGAGUUGCUCACAGUCGCCCGUCGGUUUGGCACGGUUGAGAAGCACCUGUUCUUGAAUGGCGAGGCAUUUAUUCAAAUGGAAACUCCGGAUGACGCAGAAAUGUUAGUGAAAUACUACACCUUGAACCCUCUGACCAUCAGAGGGAAAAGCAUCCGCCUGAACAUCUGUACUAAAUACAAGACCCUAACGGUGAAUCCUGGCAGGGGUGGCCAAAGCAGGGACAGAAAGGGCAACAGCUCCGUAUCCAAAACGUCAUCUAAGAGCCAGAGGUCCUCCACUUCCUCCAAAGGCAAGGAAAGCACGUCCGAGAAGGCGGACACAUCCCAGGCCGCCGAAGAGGACGAUGACGCCCAGGCUGAAGGAUCGGGAGACGAAGUGGCCGGGGUCAUGGAAGGGGACGACCAAGAGGAGGGCGACCAGGAACCUGACCAGGACGAGCAGAUGGAGGAGCCUGCCGAAGCAGAAGAGGCAGGCCAGGAGGAGGACGCCGAGGAGGGGGGAGAUGCGAAGCCAUCUGCUGAAGCGGAGGGUGACGAAGAAGCUGACGCCGUUGCAGCUUCACAAGAGGAAGCCCAGGAGGAGGAGAAAGAGGGCACCUCAAAGGACGACGCUGCACAGGAGGAGGAGGAGGCAGCUGAGCCAUCCCACUCGACCGAGACGGGCAAAGACGCCGAGCCAAAUGAGGGAGCUCAGGAUGACAGCGUUGCUGAGGAGCCGUCAGAGGACCAGUCUGGUGAGCCAGAUUUCCCUGAGAACAUGGAUGAGUUUGUUACUCUGGACGAGUUGGCUGAUGAAGAUGAUGGAGACAGACUUGAUUCAAAGUCUAGAGGAAGGGACUCAUCAGGAAGCUCAAGGAAGAGUGGGGGACUGAGAGUCGUCAAUGUCGUUGGAUUUAGAAGAGGCAUUGAUUACCUUGACGAAAUCCUGUCACUCGCCAAGCCAUUUGGAAAAGUUGUCCGUCACCUGGUUCUGAAUGUUCGGCCUGAGGCUUUCCUGGAGCUCUCAAAUGAGGAAGAAGCUAGGGCUAUGGUCAGCUUCUACAACAGUAAUGUGCUCCCGUCUGUGUGUGGCAAAGCAGUGAAGAUUUACCAUUCUCAGACUUACGCAACCAUUCAGAGCGGCAAAGUCAUAUAUGUAGGACAAAUCCCAUACUUCAAAACAUCAGACGCAACCCUCCUGAAAAUUGCCGAGCCAUUUGGAAAGAUCAGACGCUACUACAUGAAUCGAUCUCGCAAUGAGUGUUUCAUUGAAAUGGAGAGGGGGGAAGAUGCCGAGGCGAUGGCAGAGGCCUACAAGAACAGUCCACCCAAAUUCCAAGGAAAACGUCUGACUGUCUACAUGAGCAGGAAAUACAAACAGCUCAAACAUGGACACAGACCGCCGAGCCCGGAGCCUGAGGAGAAACGUCCGGCAAAGAGGGAGCGCGCGGCCACAGACGGGCAGAACACGGGCGACUCGCCCGGCAAGGCUGCUGCCAAGAAGGACGAGCAGCCUCCCACCAAGAAGCUGAAGGAGGAGAAGGAGGCCGAGCAGCCGGACGCCGUGGAAACGUCAACGGCAGAAGUGCCCAGUGAGCAGCCCGAGGAGAAGGAGGAAGAGGGGGAGGGAGAGGACGAAGGGCAAGCGGAGAAGGAAGAGAAACAGGACAGCACAGAUGACCAAAAAAAUAAUACUGAAGAGGACCCCAAAACUGGAGCCGUUGAACCACCAGCGGCCUCUUCCAUUGAGGAUGCCCCAAAGGCUGAAGAGGCGGCCCCCACUGAGCCUGCUGAGAAAAAGCCUGAGCCUACCCCACUUACUCUUGGUGCAUAUGAGCCAAACACCCCUGUUGGUGUGGAGUUUGUGAAGAUGGGUUACUACUGCCGAGUGUGCUUCCUCUUCUACUCUAAUGAGGAGACCGCUAAGAAGACUCACUGCAGCAGCAAGGCCCACUAUGAAAAACUGAAGAAACACCUUGAAAAGGAUAAAGCAAAAGCACUGAGCUCUGGCGCGAAGAACUGAAUUCCUAUUUUUCUUUAUUAUUUUUGUUUUUUUUGCAAAGGUCUAGAUUUUUUUUUUUUUUUUUUUUUUUAGAAUUGUGCUCAUUCAGUUCCAGGGGAAGUAUUCUUUUCCAUUUUAUACCUGUCUACUUACUGUGAUGAGGUAAAAAGGCUUGCAUAAAUAUUCUGAGCUUGUUAUAAAAGUUCUGUUUUGCAUGCAGAUUCCUUUGAAUGUAAUUAUCAUUGUUUAGUUUAUUACAACCUUUUACCACAUUUCUGUGUUUUGUGGCUUUUGUUUUCACAUUUUAUUAAAUGCACCUCUAUGAAAUGUAGGGAUGUACGUAUGUAUGUAUGACAAAUGCAUAAAAAUGGUCAUUCAUGAAAUAGUCAUUGAAGUCUUUGUACACUGGGUAACAACAUGCCCAGGUUUGCCAUUUAUACAUAAAUGCAUCAGUUCUCUGCCUGAUGAGAGCCCUUAACACAACUAAAGAUCAAGACUGGGCUGAAUUUACCAGUCCCUAUGUACAUGUUCCUGUUUUGUAUGAAAGGGGUAUUAAAUAAAUGUUUAAUUUACA